AUUGCCAUGACUCUCUCUUUUACAUCAGUGACUGGUGACUAGAACCCUUGAACCCCAGUCUUGUCCGCUCCCAUCUCUUCUUUUCUUUUUUUGUUCACAUUUUUAAUAUAUUUUCGCUUUUUCUUUACUUACUCCCACUUACCCCCAACUCUAGAGGCCAAAAACAAUACCAACGUUUAAACUUCAUAUUUAAUUUUAGAAGUAGUAGUAGUACUUGUUUUUGCAGCACUGCAAAAAGAAGCAAAGAAAAGGGUGCGUGGGUGCUAUUCUUUUUCUUGGCUUUAGUGGUUGUUUGCUUCUAAGCCAGUGAAAAUGAACGAAGAGAUGAAUGGUGUUGACGUCAAGAAUCACCAAGAAAAUGUUCCAGAGAAAAUAGAUUACGUGUUUAAAGUGGUGGUGAUCGGCGACUCAGCUGUUGGCAAGACUCAGAUACUCUCCAGGUUUACAAAGAAUGAGUUCUGCUUCGAUUCCAAGUCCACCAUUGGGGUAGAGUUCCAGACAAGGACUGUUCCCAUUAAGAACAAAGUCAUAAAGGCCCAGAUCUGGGACACUGCUGGCCAAGAAAGGUACAGAGCAGUUACAAGCGCAUAUUAUAGAGGUGCCUUGGGGGCAAUGCUAGUGUAUGACAUCACCAAGCGACAGAGCUUUGAUCACGUGGCGAGAUGGGUCGAGGAGCUACGCGCCCACGCCGACAAUUCCAUCGUCAUCAUGCUGAUUGGAAACAAGGCUGAUCUAGUGGACCUCAGGGCGGUUCCAACCGAAGACGCUGUCGAGUUCGCAGAGGAUCAGGGCCUGUUUUUCGCCGAGACGUCUGCUCUCAGCGGUGACAACGUGGAAAAAGCAUUUUUCAAGCUGCUAGAAGAAAUUUAUGGUGUGAUUUGUAAAAAAUCUUUGGGAUGUGGAAAUGGGAAAUCCAACGGUGGUGAUCGUGCCACUGCGUUAAAAGGAUCAAAGAUUGAGCUGAUUGCUGGUUCUGAUUUAGAAAUAAGUGAGAUGAAGAAAUUAUCAUCAUGCACUUGUUAAUUUUUUAUUUACAUUCUCAAAGGAAGAGAAUGUUUGGUUUCUUUUUCCCUUCUUGUUUUGUGUUAUUUUUGUUCUUGGGUUGUGCAUUAUAAUUUUUAUAUUAAAUUAUAUCAUAUGAUGUAUUUAUUAUAAGAAAAGCAUGCAUCUCAAUUGUUAGAAAUAUAUCACCUUUUCCCUA